GGACGCCUUUCGCCGGCGGUUGCUCGAGGGCGCAAAGUCUGUCACAUGCGGGGUGAGGGACUUCCGGCGGCAGCCGCCAGAUAGUGCGUUCAAAAGCGUCCCAACCCAGAUCCACGCUGACCGCAAGUGAGCUCCAAAGGCCACUGAAUACCCUGUCUCUCGGGUGGUGUCGGGUAUCACCGGUCCGCGGCACACUCCUCGGAUCAGGAGUCCGACCCGCUUGCAGGCUUCGAGGAAACGAACCUCUGCGAGGUAUAAACAAGACCCCCAUGGAUUCGAGAAAAUCGCUGGCUACGGUGCGGGUAGCGGCAGAACGUCCUUAACUGGCCGCAGCGCAUACCCUCACCGUCUGGACCGGGGUGGCCGCUCGUUACUGCAGAAGCUAUGGGAUGGUGCGGAGCAUGUUGCCCAAAAACCCUGGCUCGGGCAGCCACCGUGGCGGGGCGAUCCUGGCGCAGGGUGCUGGCCGUCCUGGCGCCGAUCGCACUGUGCCCUCUUCUCAUCGUGUACGACAGCAAGGAGACGCGAUGUGGGUACGCCAUUCUUUUGAUGGCAGUCUACUGGAUGUUCGAGCUGGUCCACCUCUCGGUCACGUCGCUGCUGCCCGUCUUCCUCUUUCCCGUCUUAGGCAUCCUGGACACCGCCAGCACGACCGCUCCCUACAUGAAGGACGUCAACAUGAUGUACCUCGCCGGCAUGAUCAUGGCGGCAGCCGUGGAACACUGCAACUUGCACUACAGGAUCGCGCUCAGGAUUCUACUUCUCAUUGGCACCAAGACAAUUUGGCUACUCUUGGGCUUUAUGGCGACCGCCAUGUUCCUAUCCAUGUGGCUAAGCAACAUGGCCACCACGCUGAUGGUGCUCCCUAUCGUGGACGCUGUCGUCGAUGAGAUCUGCAAGAAGACUGCGGAAGGGAAUCUCAAGUACGGAACCCAAGAGACUGCGUACACUAACGAUGGCUUCCGGGAGGAAAACGGGCAAGGCAGCGUGGAGAGCCUCGAGCUGCAUACCAAGGAAAGCGAGCAGAGGUGGGAGGCCAACACCUCCAGAUUUCGUCACGCUAUGCUCCUGGGAAUAGCGUAUGCUGCGAACAUCGGUGGAACGGGCUCCGUCAUUGGAACUGCUCCCAAUCUAAUCAUCAUGGGACUCGUUGAAGAAUUGUAUCCAAAUUCGGCAACGCUCAGCUUCGCUACUUGGAUGAUUUACAACGUUCCACCUAUGAUCCUGUGCGUGAUAUGCGCCUGGCUUUAUCUGUACUUCCACUUCAUACCGAAAAGAUUCCGUAGCGGACAGCUGAACCACGAGGCUGUCGGACAGGCCAUACGGAAGCGAUAUGACGAUUUGGGGCCGAUCUCAUUCCACGAAGCUGGUGUCCUUGCAAUUUUUAUUGUCACAGUGUUGCUAUGGUUUUUUCGUGACCCCUACGUCGUGACAGGAUGGGCCUCCUUCUUCCCACUUGGAAAGAAUAUUAAGGACGCUACCCCUGCCAUGCUCAUGGUGUUGCUACUGUUCUUGAUUCCGGCAAAGCCGGUGGCCGAUCCCGGGGGAUCUUCUCUACUUGCCUGGCACGUAGUUCAAAGGAAAAUUCCCUGGGGAGUGCUGCUUCUCAUGGGCGGAAGCUUUUCAAUGGCGGAGGCGUCAAAGAGUUCCGGGUUGUCGGUGAUGAUUGGCCAGUACCUGACGCGCCUGGACUUCCUGCACCCGAUUAUUUUGGUCACCGUCCUCUGCAUCUUCACCUGCGUAGUCACAGAAAUCGCCAGCAACACCGCCACCGCUAGCGUCCUGCUGCCAAUCACCAGCUACCUGGCUCAGGCUCUGAGAAUUCACCCACUCUACCUGAUGAUCCCGGUCACCGUAUCGGCGUCAUUCGCCUUCAUGCUCCCUGUGGCAACACCGCCCAACGCUAUGGUCUACGAACACGGAAAUAUGAAGCUCAGUGACAUGGUCAAAACAGGCUUCGUGAUGAACGUCGCUUGCAUCCUCAUCGAAGUGUUGGCCAUUAAUACGCUAGGAGAAUGGGCCUUCAACCUAUCGCAGUUUCCUGCAUGGGCAGAGCCUGCCAACAGUACUCUCUCAACAGCGCCGAUGAACGUCACACAGGCAACAACGGCCGGGGUUCUUUGAAAGAUAACCUCCCUCGGACGAUUACAAUCGGGAACUGUGUCGCGGGACGCGAGACGUGCGUGUCCCUCCUUCAACAUUGGACAGCACGACUCUAAACAAGAAACGCAAGACCUGCCUCCGCAAGACGUAUCGGCGAACCGACGUGUGUUUACUACAUGCUGUAAGGCAGACAACGGGCAGGACUGAAAACCGACGAACGUAUAUCUAUGCCAAAUUUCCCGAACCAACGAACGUUGUCGACACCCGUGAAUGUGGCUUAGCUUUCCAUUUCUCAGGAAGACGCUUUUGCCGAGUCCUACGUGAAGAGAAAACUAUAGACCUUUGCAAACAUCGGCCUUCCGCGCGCUGCCAUCUUUGUCUGCUGGGCUGUGGAACGCCUUAGCAUGCGCUGUUGCUUUGCUGUGCGGUAUAUCAGACGCUGCGCAUGCGUCCACAGCUCAGGGACUCCGCAUUUUUAACCUGGGUGAUAAGCAAGGCAAAGCUCUAUGCUCUGUUUCACAUUAAGUGCGACCGAAGCCAACGCUAUGAUGCGACGUAGCCGAUCAAGCCGCGUCGAAACUGCAUCCUCUUGGCCCUCGUUGUCCUUCUGCGUUUGGCCUCACCGGUUGACCCAAUCACACAGUGAAAACACCACGACCUGGCGCUCUUUUUUUGUAGAUGAUUGGCUGGAAACAGUAAACGCACAAAGACGACGAGCACCACGAUGAUGCACACUUGCCACUGUUUGAUUGGCUCCACCGGAUCGCUUAGGGCCGGCCUUAACACGAAAGACACAGCAUCGACCUUUCUAUCGCUUGUCACCCGGGCAAAAACUGCUGAGUCACUGAGCUGCGGACGCAUGCGCAGCGUCCGAUACACCGCACACCAGAGAAACAGCACAUUCUCAGAAUGCGUUCCACAGCCCAGCAGACAAAGAUGGCGGCGAGCAGAGGGGGAUUUUUGCAAAGGUCUAUAAGGGACAAGGUAAAGUGCACCAUGAACUGACGCUUACGGGUGAGUCGAGUUCGUCCGCUCUGUGCAAAUGAAUAAGAUAUAUUUUUUUCUUUUAUACCGA